CCUCACCAUCUACAACUAUCGGAGUUUGAACAAUGAACCCCUUCCAAUCUCCUCUCAUAACUCCAGUUGAAUACCAUCACAAUGCGGCAGUAUGCAAUGCCACCAAGCGUAGGCGGAUUGUCCCCUUAGCAGCCUACCGUCCCACGCUCCACUCGUCCUUCGAAUCCUUCCACCUUCCAGGCUCAAAGUUUUUCGACCUCGAUCAAAUCCGUGACACCGCCUCUCCCUACCCUUCCAUGCUUCCCUUGCCUUCCCUCUUCGCCGCUGCAAUGACUGCACUCGGUAUUCGCAACGAUGAUAUUCUAGUUAUCUACGAUGCAGAUGAGAUAGGCACGUAUCAUGCCCCGCGGCUGGCGUUUAUGUGUGAGCUCUUUGGACAUAAGGAUGUGCACGUCUUGAAUAACUUCAGGCAGUAUGUGCGGAUGCGGCUGCCCGUAGAUUCCGGGUCUGAGGGAAUAGAGGUUCCAGUGGUUGGGAAGAGAGGAGAGCAAGGCGAUGAGUAUGUCGUGGAAGGGAGAGACUUUGACACCGGAAGGGUAAUAGCGUUCGAGGAGGUAAAGGAUGUUGUUGUUGGGAGGGACCAGGAGAAGGUGAGGAUUGUCGAUGCGAGGAUACCAGGUCGGUUUCAAGGUGUACAGCCGGAAAUGACUCCAAGUUUGAGGUCCGGGCAUAUUCCUGGAGCGGUCAAUGUGCCAUUGGCUAGUCUAUUGGAAGCUGAGACUGGGAUGAUACUAGCUCCUGAGAAACUGAGGGGCGUUUUGACGGAUGCGGGCGCGUUGGCGGAAGAAGAUGAGGGUGUGCCAUACAUCCUGACGUGCAAUUCGGGGGUUACGGCUGCAUCAUUAGAUCUAGCUUUGAGGUUGGUUGGGGCGAAGGGAUCCAGAAGGGUGUAUGAUGGUAGCUGGAUGGAGUGGACGAGGAGGGUAGGGGAUGAAUUGAUCGAGGUUUCGUCAUGACAGCUGUAUGGUGGAUAUGGUGGAGGAUGUACAUGAUAGAACUACUUGUAUAUAUGGGACGGCUGUGUUGUACAUGAAAGAGCUGGACUCAAAUAGACCAUUUUAGACUGAAAGCGCACAAGUCAAAUUUUUGAAAGUGGAAGGUCACAUGGUAUAUUGCUGCCUGAGUCGUAUAUUCUCAUAGCUCAUGUACUGCAUCGUAUCGUCAAACAUAAACAAACAUUAGUU